AUGCGUCCGUCAACCUUCUUUACCGUGACCCUGGCCACCAUCGCCACCGCCACCCCCCUCAACAUGACCAUACUCGAAGAGCGCGACAACGAGCCCAAGUUCCCCGGCCUCCCCAAAGGCAUGGACAAAAAAACCGUCGUCCCGCUCUCCCUCUGCCGCGAGGCCAACUUCGUCGGGUGCGAAUGGCACUUCUUCAAGAAAGGCGAAUGCGUGAGCCUGCCCGCGCCCCUCGAGAACCAGAUCAGCAGCGUGAAGCAGAAGAUGGGCUUCACAGACAAGAAGAAGGAGUGGUGGUGCCACUUCUACCAAGAGGACGGCUGCAAGGGCCAGGCCUACAAGUUCCCAAUUCACAACUAUGGAAACGCGAAGAAGGUCGCGCCAAAGCAGCUGAGUUGGGUUGAUAACAAGAUUGAUAGUAUUAGGUGCGAUGUGCUGAGGACGUUUAAGGUCGCGCCGCAGCCGUGGAUUAACCCUGAGGAUUUGGGGGAGUAA